AUGGGGUUGUCCCAGCCACACACACACGCGCCGCGCGCGCGCGCCGCGCACCCAAAAACUCCUUUCGCGGGUGACCUGGGCUCCACUACCGACCCUGUGCGACAAGGAAAGGUUCUGGCCUCGGGCCGAAAGAGAGAGGGCAGGAAGGGAGAUGGGCGGGCGCCCACCCCCCAGUCCCCCCAGUCAGGGCCGCCACGGUCCCCGUCAUCUCGCCCGUCUCCAUCAAAGGAAUCACUCCACGAGUGCUAUUUGCCCUUGCCUCAUCUAUUCUCUUCGCUCGCUUCUCCCUUGCUUCUUGGUCCUUCUCUUGUGCUUGUUCAUCGCCAAACCCCCCGGACACUUGGAGGCACUGCCAUCUUCACUACAGCGCUCCUAGCGCCUGGGUCAGCGCGGCCAACAUCUCCCACCCUAUCGCCGGCCUUGGCUUCUUACGGUUGCCGCGCUCUCCCGUCGGCAUCGUCUCUUCGCGCCUCUUCGCGCCUUCUAGCCUCCUAUAGCUCCUCAUUGUCCGGCCAUCGCUUCCUCGCUAUCCGCACGCGCGAACCAUCGUGGUCUUGGCCUCAGGCUUCGUCCAGUGGCGCCGUGUCUGGUAUCACCGUCACGCCAUUUGUCACGCACCCGCUACCGCGCGCUCCCAUCAUCGCUGUCGCUCCGAAAGGACUUGUUGUCGCGAUUUCACUCUCUUCGUCCACGGCAAAUAAUUGUGAUUCCGCCCGAUCUCGACCUACUCGCUUUUUUCCCUCCUCGCUUCGUCCGGUCGCAUCCCCAGCCACGACUCAAGCCCUCGGAGCCCGCGACGUUCGCCGAAGCCCACGCGCCGACACCCUCAUCGCCAUUCAUCUUGCACGACGUCUAUUUACUGCCUACACGUCCAUAACACGCACUCGUUGCGCCCCGCGUUCGCGUUCGCCGACUUCCCAUCGACGCAUCCGAUUUGCCCGUCAAGCUAUGAUGGCCACGAGUAUGGGCCCAAACUUUCAGGGCCAUCCCGCCGGCAUGGGACAUCCAGGCGUAACCGGUCAUCCCAUGGGUCCCGGUAUGAAUGCGAACGGUGGACAGCCAGGUACGCCUGGCGGUGGCAUGCCUCAUCAGUUUGCUGGCAACCCUAUGGCCGCUGGUAAUCCGGCCGCUAUGAACCCGGCCAUGAUGGCGGCCAUGCAGCAGCACGGAGGAGGAAACCACAACCUUCAAGCUGCAUUCCAACAUUUGAGCCCUGCUCAGCAGCAAGCCUUGCAGCAGCAGCAGCUGCAAAACCAAUUCGCCAAUCAGGGUGCGGUGGCUCAGAUGCGUCAGCAGCAAGUUUUCGUCCAGCAACAACGACAGGCCUUGAUGGCUCAGCAGGCUAUGGCCCAGAACAGUGGCAUUCCACCCAACAACAUGGGCGGCAAUGGCAUGGCUGCUAACGGUAUGCCUAUGAACAUACAGCUUACCCAACAGCAGAUGCAGCAGCUGCGACAGGGCGGGCGUAUUAACCCUAUGCAACAUCCCCAGGCGCAGCAGCAUGCCGCCCUCAUGGCGCAGCAACUGGCUCUGCACCAACAGCAACAGCACGCCGCCGCGCAGAACCAGAUGCAGCAGGGAGGCAACCCCCAGCAGAUGCAGAUAAACGCACAAGCCCUACAACAUCUGCAACAACAGCAGGCCCAGGCCCAGCAGCAGGCUCAGCAACAGCAGCAGCAACAACAGGGUGGUCCCAAUGCACAGGCACAGAUGGGUGGCCAACAAGGCCAGCAGCAGGGUCCCCAAGGGCAGCAGAACCAGCAAGGUCAACAACCAGGCCAACAGGGUCAACAGCCCCAAGGCCAGGGCCAACCUGGUCAGCAACAAGCCCAAGCCCAAGCCCAAGCCCAGGCACAAGCACAGGCACAAGCUCAGGCACAGGCCCAAGCUCAAGCUCAAGCUCAGCAGCAGGCCCAGCAGCAGGCGGCUGGUCAAGCCCAGCAGCGACAACAAACGCCCGCGCAAGGCUCGCAGGCCGGCACUCCUGCGCCCACUGGCCAUCAGUCUCAGCAGCAGCCUCAGCCUCAACAGCACCCCCUGCUUGCGCAACACAUGACCGCCGCCCAGCACAUGGCCAUGAACACGACUUAUAUGCAGCAGCAGCGUAGGGAGCAAAUGAAGGCUCAAUGUCUGAUGAGGCUGUCCCAGCUGAGUGAGUUGUUGAGCGGCUAUCCGGGAGCCCGAAGCAGAGACGAUCUCGGCUACUGGAACGAGCUGGUGAUGCGUUUCUUUUCGAGAUCAGCCGUUUUCCGCCACACUCUCCACGCCAGCGCAGAGGGCGAAGAGACGGGUCCCCGCCAGUACGACAUUACUUUCCCGGCCAUCGCGCGAUACUUCCAUACCCACUUUGGCAGCGGCGUCAAGUCGAUGCAGAUCACUUUGGGACAAGGAACUGCUGACAGACCUCUACCUGGUGACGGGUACCAGAUUGAAAACCCCAGGGCGAGCAUGAUCUACUGGUUCGAAACGGGGUCACAUCUGGUAUCGAGCGGCAACCUGCGCGUCGUGUUUGACAACGAACAGAGAAUGGAGGUGUUUGAGUUCUUGGCCACCAGCCACGAAGAAUUCAUCGCCCGAAAGCAAGUCAUUGACGCUGCCAAGCCGGCCCACGUCUGGAUGAAGGAAUGGCACAAGGUAAACUCGACCGAUAGCAAACAGUCGCCCGAAAUGUCCAAGAAGGGCAAGGGCAAGCAGCUCAAGUCGCCGCAGAGGGAGCCUCCAGAGGUCCUCAAUGACUUACCCGAUUCCGCCGUUAAUAGACAGGGUGUUACCGAAGCGGUCUAUCAGUUCCUGGAGAUAGUAGAAGUCAUGGGCCAGAUGAACCCGCUCUUCAACUUUACUCACAACAACCCUGGCCUCGGUCCGUAUGCUGCACUCGACCAGUACGUUUCCACGUUUAUCAACGCCGCCCCCGGGCAGAUGAACGGUCAAGUGCCUCAGGGUCCUCCGAGAACGCCCAGCUUUAGCCAGUUUCCCAUGGGAGCCAGUCCGGCCGCGGCCAACAUGAACCUCCCUGGUUCACCUCACGUGGGCAGUCCAGCGCCUGGCCAGAUUCAGGCCCCUGGCAUGCAGCUCCAGCAGAGCCAGCAAGGAACGAGCUCGAGCGGGCCGAGCGCUAAUACGUCGCCGGCUUCUAAUAAGCGCAGGAGACCGUCAGCCGUUAAGAUCGAGGAGGACGUCUCUGGAGCGGGAACGCCGGGAUCCCAAGUCAACGGUACUGGUAACAGAAACAAGCCAGCUACGCCGCGCAUGCCAAAACGUGUCAAGGGAAAUCCGUCAUGA